GGCCGCCCCGAGACGCCAGCCCCGCCGAGUGAUGAGAACAGACGUCAAACUGCCUUAUGAAUAUUGAUGCGGAGGCUAGGCUGCUUUCGUAGUGGAGCAGAAGGAAGCAAGAUGGCUGCCCUUUAGGAUUUGUUAGAAAGGAGACCCGACCGCGACUGCUGCCUGGCUCCGGGGCUGCGCGCCGAGAACGAGGCUGGCCCACAUUCAGCAGCAGACCCUCUCAAGAUUGUUUACUUGCCCUUGUUCCUGUUGAGUUACCGCACUUGGAAGCAGGAGAUGGGCUCAACAGCAGCCAACAGGCCAUGAUCCAGGAGGAGCCGUGAGGGACAGAGCUGCUGAAUUCACUCCGAGGGCAGCCUUGUGGAUGGCCCCGAAGCAAGCCUGAUGGAACAGGAUAGAACCAACCAUGUGGAGGGCAACAGACUAAGUCCAUUCUUGACACCAUCUCCUUCUCCCAUCUGCCAGACAGAACCUCUGGCUAUAAAGCUCCAGAAUGGAAGCCCAUUACCAGAGAGACCUUAUCCAGAAGUGAAUGGAGACACCAAGUGGCAAUCUUUCAAAAGUCAUUAUGGAACACCCCAUAUGAAGGGCAGCCAGAAUAGUCGUGUCAGCCCGGACUUUAUACAAGAAGGCAGAGGGUAUUCCCAGUGUUUGCAGAAUGGAGGGAUAAAACGCACAGUUAGUGAACCUUCUCUCUCUGGGCUCCAUCAGAACAAGAAGUUGAAACAAGACCAAAAGGCCAAUGGAGAAGGAAAGAACUUCGGGGAAAGACAAGAAAGAAAUCCAGGCAAAGGCAGCAGUCAACCAAAUGUCUCCGAUAUGAAUGACAAGAGAGAAUCUGUGAGCUCUGUGGCCCCAGAAAAUGCAGUUAAAGAUACCACCAGUUUUUCAACACACAACUCGAGUGGGUCUGAAAAUGCAGAGCAGCAGAUUCUGAAUGAGCAGGAGGGCAAAGAUGCUAACUACCAUGACAAGAACAUUGUAUUACUUCUUAAAAACAAGUCAGUGCUAAUGCCUAAUGGUGCUACAGUUUCUGCCUCUUCCAUGGAAAACACACAUGGUGAACUCCUGGAAAAAACACUGUCUCAAUAUUACCCAGAUUGUGUUUCCAUUGCGGUGCAGAAAACCACAUCUCACAUACAUGCCAUUAACAGUCCGGCUAUUAAUGAGUUGUCCUGUGAGAUCACUCACCCGUUGUAUACCUCAGGGCAGACCAAUUUCCCACAGACCUCGAACUCUGAGCUGCCUCCAGAGCCAGCUGCAGUCAUGACUGAGGCCUGUGACGCUGAUAAUGUCAGUAAACCAGCUGCAAUGCUAGGUACCUGUUCCUUUCAGAAACCAGAACAACAAAAACCAGUUUUUGAGAUAUGCCCAUCUCCUGCAGAAAACGGUAACAUCCAAGGAACCACAAAGCUAGUGGCUGGUGAAGAAUUCUGUUCAGGUUCCAGCAGCAAUUUGCAGGCUCCUGGUGGCAGCUCUGAACGGUAUUUCAAGCAAAAUGAAAUGAAUGGUGCUUACUUCAAGCAAACCUCAGUGUUCUCUAAGGAUUCCUUUUCUGCCACUGUCACACCACCACCAUCACAGUUGCUUUUGUCUCCUCCUCUUCCAGAGGUUCCUCAGCUUCCUUCAGAAGGAAAAAGCACUCUGAGCGAUGAUGUUGUGGAAGAACACCAUCACUACCCCAACCAAAGUAAUACAGCUCUUUUAAGGGAAGUGAAAAUAGAGGGUGAACCGGAGGCACCACCAUCCCAGAGUCCUAACCCACCUACACAUGUAUCUAUCCCCUCUCUGACACUUCCAGAAAGGCUUCAGAAUAAUUGUGUUAACAAGAAUGACAUACGGACUCCAGGGACAAUGACUGUUCCAUUGUGUCCUGAGAAAGCAAGACAAACACCAGAACAUCCCAAGCAUAACCCACCAAUUCUUGGUAGCAGUGGAGAGCCACAGGACCACUGCCAGCAGCUGAUGGGGCACAAAGAACAGGAGGUUCUGCAGGGUCAAGAUAAGCAACAAACACUCGAUCUUGUGCUCCCAACACAGCCCCAUCUGAAACCAGGAUGGAUUGAAUUGAAGGCCCCUCAAUUUCCUCAAGCAGAAUCCCAUCUAAAAUAUAAAGCACCUCUGCGGUCAGUUCUUCAGUAUCAGUCCAACUCCUCCAAUCAAAUGACCUCCAAACAAUACACUGGAAAUUCCAACAUGCCUGGGGGGCUCCCAGGGCAAGCUUGCACCCAGAAAAUGAUGCAGCCAGAGCAGAGGCCACAAAGGUACCAACUUGAGAUGAAUCAUGGGCAGUCUCAAGGUACAGUGGACCAGCAUCUCCAGUUCCAAAAACCCUCACUCCAGGUGCACUUCUCCAAGACAGACCCUUCCCCUGAAGCUCACACACAGUCACUGUGCACCCCUAGGUUUCAUUUUCAACAGAGACCAGACUCCGAGUAUAAGAAACUCAUGCCCUCACCAUUAAAGCAGCACUUGAAUCAACAGGCUUCAGAGACGGAGCCCUUCUCAAACUCACAUCUUUUGCAACAUAAGUCUCAUAAUCAGGCAGCACAAACACAGACAUCCCAGAAUUCACAUCUCCCUCAAAACCAGCAGCAACAGCAAAAAUUACACAUGGAGAAUAAAGAACAAAUGCCCCAUACUUUUUCUCAUCCCCAAGGCAACUGUGGUCAGCAAAGGGAAGGAUUGUUCUUUAGCCAGAUUAAAGUGGAAGAACGCUUUCAUGAUGAAAAUCAAUAUUCAAAAUCAAGUGAGUUUCAGACUCAUAAUACCCAAAUGGGAUUGGAGCACAUACAGAAUAUGAACAGUAGAAAUUCCCCUUAUGGUCAUAGCUUGAAGUCAAAUGCAAGCAAAGUACAGAUUUCUUGUCCAAACAACAUUCACCCAGCUUCAAAGAAUACAGAACAGACUUUACAUCCUGAACAUUUUUCUGGAAACAAGACCCAAAACUUGCAUCACAUGCAAUAUUUUCCAAAUAAUGUGACCACAAAACAAGAUGGUCUUCACAGGUGCUUUCAAGAACAAGGACAGAAGCCUCCACAGGCUUCCGUUCUGCAGGGAUAUAAAAGUAAAAACCAAGAUUUGUCUGGCCAACAAGCUACACAACUCACUCAGCAAAGGUACCUGAUGCACAACCAAGCCAACGCUUUCACUGUGCCUGAGCAAGGAGGAAGUCACAUUCAGACCCCUCCCCAGAAGGACAUUCAAAAGCACGCUGCUCUGAGAUGGCACCUCUUACAGAAGCAAGAGCAGCAGCAAAACCAACAACCCCAAACUGAGUCUUGCCACAAUCAGGCACACAGGCCAAUUAAGGUUGAACCUGGAUCCAAGCCCCAUGCCUGUAUGCACCCCAAGUCAGCACAGCCAGAAAACAAAAUGUGGAAAAAGAUAACUAAGCAAGAGAUUCCACCCCCGAGCUGUGAUAAUGUGCAGCAGAGGAGCAUUCUUGAGACCAUGGAGCAACACCUGAAGCAGUUCCAGGUCAAAUCACUAUUUGACCAUAAGGCUCUUACUCUCAAAUCACAGAAGCAAGUAAAAGUUGAAAUGUCAGGGCCAGUCACAGUUUUAUCUAGACAUACCAGUGCUGCAGAACUCGAUAGCCACACCCCAGCUUUAGAGCAGCAGGCAACUCCUUCAGAAAAGACACCAACCAAAAGAACAGCUGGUUCUGUUCUCAAUAAUUUUAUAGAGUCACCUUCCAAAUUACUAGAUACGCCUAUAAAAAAUUUAUUGGAUACACCUGUCAAGACUCAAUAUGAUUUCCCAUCAUGCAGAUGUGUAGAGCAAAUUAUUGAAAAAGAUGAAGGUCCUUUUUAUACCCAUCUAGGAGCAGGUCCUAAUGUGGCAGCUAUUAGAGAAAUCAUGGAAGAAAGGUUCGGACAGAAGGGUAAAGCUAUUAGGAUUGAAAGAGUCAUCUAUACUGGUAAAGAAGGCAAAAGUUCUCAGGGAUGUCCUAUUGCCAAAUGGGUGGUGCGCAGAAGCAGCAGCGAGGAGAAGCUACUGUGUUUGGUGCGGGAGCGAGCUGGCCAUACCUGUGAGGCUGCAGUGAUUGUGAUUCUCAUCCUGGUGUGGGAAGGCAUCCCCCUGUCUCUGGCUGACAAACUCUACUCGGAGCUCACCGAGACGCUGAGGAAAUACGGCACGCUCACCAACCGGCGGUGUGCCCUGAAUGAAGAGAGAACCUGUGCCUGUCAAGGGCUGGAUCCAGAGACCUGUGGUGCCUCCUUUUCUUUCGGUUGUUCGUGGAGCAUGUACUACAAUGGAUGUAAGUUUGCCAGAAGCAAGAUACCAAGAAAAUUUAAGCUGCUUGGGGAUGACCCAAAAGAGGAAGAAAAACUGGAGUCUCAUUUACAAAACCUGUCUACUCUCAUGGCACCAACAUACAAGAAACUUGCACCUGAUGCAUAUAAUAAUCAGAUUGAAUAUGAACACCGAGCGCCAGAGUGCCGCCUGGGUCUGAAGGAAGGCCGUCCAUUCUCAGGGGUCACUGCGUGCUUGGACUUCUGUGCUCACGCCCACAGAGACUUGCACAACAUGCACAAUGGCAGCACCUUGGUAUGCACCCUCACAAGAGAAGACAAUCGAGAAAUCAGAGGCAAGCCUGAGGAUGAGCAACUCCAUGUGCUGCCGCUCUACAAAGUCUCUGAUGUGGAUGAGUUUGGGAGUGUAGAAGCUCAGGAGGAGAAGAAACGAAAUGGUGCUAUUCAGGUGCUAAGUUCUUUUCGGCGGAAAGUCAGGAUGUUAGCAGAGCCAGUGAAGACGUGCCGACAGAGGAAACUAGAAGCCAAGAAAGCUGCCGCCGAAAAGCUUUUUUCUCUGGAGAACAGCGCACAUAAGAAUGAAAAGGACAAGUCCGCCCCAUCCCGCACAAAGCAGACUGAAGGUGCAGCCCAGGCUAAACACUUGGCAGGAUCAGUCAUGCAGCUGUCCCAGCAGCCCCAGCCCCAGUCACAGCCCCAGCAACUACAGAAGCAGCCUCCACAGCCACAGAAGCAGCCGCCGCAGCCGCAGCCGCAGCCGCAGCCGCAGCCACAGCCACAGCCACAGCCACCCCAGCAGCAGCCACCCCAGCAGCAGCCACCACAUCACCCCUUGACUAAUAGCCAUCAUUCAGAGACUGUCAACUCUUACUAUUCUUCUGGACACACCAAUCUAUAUAUGAGACGGCCCAAUCCAGUCAGUCCUUAUCCAAGCUCUUCACACACUUCGGAUAUUUAUGGAGGAGGCGCCAACUGUGUGAACUACUAUUCCACCUCAUCCCAAACUGCGGGUUCAUAUUUGAAUUCUUCUAAUCUCAUGAGCCCCUACCCUGGGCUUCUAAAUCAGAACAACCAAUAUCCAUCAUAUCAGUGCAACGGAAACGUAUCCAUGGACAGCUGCUCCUCCUAUCUGGGUUCUUACUCUCCCCAGUCCCAGCCCAUGGAUCUCUAUAGGUAUCCAAACCAAGACCCUCUCUCUAAGCUAAAUCUGCCGCCCAUCCACACGCUUUACCAGCCGAGGUUCGGAAACAGCCCGAGUUUUACUUCCAAACCCUUGGGUUACGGAAACCAAAAUAUGCAGGGGGACACCUUCAGGAGCUGUACUCCCAGGCCCACCGUGCGCCACGUGGGGACGCUGCCUCCUUAUUCCACGCCCGAGAUGGAUGGUCACUUCCUGGGGGCCACCUCUAGAUUCCCACCCAAUUUGAGCAACCCCAACAUAGACUAUAAAAACGGGGAGCAUCCCCCACCUUCUCGUAUGCUCCAUAACUACGGUGCCGCCCCGGGCAUGUUCAACAGCUCUCUCCACGCGCUGCACCUCCAGAACAAGGAGAACGACAUGCUUUCCCACACAGCUAACGGGCUCCCCACGAUGCUUCCCGGCCUGAGCCACGAUCGAGCUGCCGCUGCCCAGCAAGGCUUGCACAGGUUGCUAGACGCGAGCAGCCAGGACAAGCAGCCCCCUGCCGCGGAGGAAAACGAUGAGGUCUGGUCCGACAGCGAGCAGAGCUUCCUGGACCCUGACAUCGGGGGCGUGGCGGUGGCGCCGGCUCACGGGUCCAUUCUCAUCGAGUGUGCAAAGCGGGAGCUGCACGCCACGACCCCCUUAAAGAAUCCCAACCGGAAUCACCCCACCAGGAUCUCGCUCGUCUUCUACCAACACAAGAGCAUGAACGAGCCCAAACACGGCUUGGCGCUCUGGGAGGCCAAGAUGGCCGAGAAAGCCCGGGAGAAGGAGGAAGAGUGCGAGAAGUAUGGCCCGGACUACGUGCCUCAGAAAACGCACGGCAAGAAAGUGAAGCGGGAGCCCACCGAGCCGCACGAGCCCUCCGAGCCCACCUACCUGCGCUUCAUCAAGUCCCUGGCCGAGAGGACCAUGUCGGUGACCACAGACUCCACAGUCACCACAUCUCCGUAUGCCUUCACUCGGGUCACGGGGCCUUACAACACAUACGUGUGACGUCGCCCCUGGUGUUGGUUACCUCAUUCGAAAAGACCACAGCCAACCGGCCCACAGUGUAGUUCUCAUGACAUGGGCCCUGGGGACAGGGACACAGUAUUCAUGACAAAGGUGGUAGGAAGAACCUCAGCUCACCAGCAAACGCAAAAGAGGUCACCUUCCCAUAGCACUUAAUUCCCACUGACUCCUAAGUGGUCACAGAUGGCAUCCAUGCAAAAGACCAAAGCAUUCUAUGCAAAACGAAGGUGGGGAAGAGAGUGUUCCACCAUUUACAUUUUUAAACACUGGUUCUAUGAUUGGACGAGAUGAUAAUGUAAAUGUGACUUUUCCCCACCUUACAACUCUCCACAUCUGUGACCACUUUUUAGUAAUACCAAGUUUGCAUAGUCCUGGACACAAAUCCAGCGAGUACUGUAGUGUUACAGUGGCAGGAUUCUUAAACACCAUCUGGUGCUGAACAUAUAAUGUACUGAAAUACUGGAAUUAUGGUUUUUUAACAUGCAGUUUUUACUGUAAUCUUAAUAUUAACUUUUAUUUAUCAAAUAGCUACAGGAAGCAUAAAUGAAUAGACCGCAAAACACUGAAUUUGUUUGGGUGUUCUAAGAAAUGGUGCUAAGAAAAUGGUGUCUUUAAUAGUUGAAAAUUUAAUGCCUUUAUAUCAUCAAGAUGCUAUCAGUGAACUCCAGUGCCCUUGAAUAAUAGGGGUACCUUUUCAUUCAAGUUUUUAUUAUAAUUACCUAUUCUUACACAAGCUGUUUUUAAAAUGUGGACAUUUUAAAGGCCUCUGGAUUUUGCUCAUCCAGUGAAGUCCUUGUAGGACAAUAAACGUAUAUAUGUACAUAUAUAUAUACAUAUAUAUAUACACACACAUGUAUAUGUGCACACACAUGUAUAUGUAUAAAUAUUUUAAAUGGUGUCUUAGAAGCACUUUGCCUACCUAAGCUUUGACAACUUGAACAAUGCUAAGGUACUGAGACGUUUAAAAAAAAAAGUUUACUUUCAUUUUAGAAUGCAAAGUUGAUUUUUUUAAGAAAGCUUUUAAAAUAUUUUUGCUUUUAGCCAUGCGUCUGCUGAUGAGCAAUGUGUCCAUUUUUCAUACAGCCAGUUCAAUCCAAAAGGGGGCUUACUGGAUUCAAGGGAAUACGUUAGUCCAUAAAACAUGUUUUCUGGUGCUCACCUCUCAUGCUAUACUGUAACAGUUUUAUACGGAAUUGUAUGACAAGUUCAUUGGUCAAACAUGUAGUUUUCAGAAUUUUCUAUCAACUUCAGUAAUGAUUAACUUCAUGCCACAGACUCAACCAUGCCGUUCACUUACGCAAAGUGGUUUUAUGGCUCUGUAUGCUCUUCGGCAAUUGAAUGUCAGUCUGCCUUUGUGUUGAUAAUUGUACGUUGUGAUGUUGUCACUUCUUGGCUUAAGUGUCCUCUUUACCAGGAAGACCGACCGAGCAGACUGGCCUGCAUCAGUUGAAUAAACAGGGUUCGUUCCAUGUGAAUCUGUUAAUUAAAGGAAAAGAAAGGAAACAGGCAGCUGGCUUGCUGUGGCGGUUUUAAAUCAUUAAUUUGUAUAAAGAAGUGAAAGAGAUGUAUAGUAAGUAAAUUAAUUGUAAACAAAACUUUUUUAACGCAAUGCUUUAGUAUUUUAGUACUGUAAAAAAUUAAAUAUAUAUAUAUACAUAUAUAUAUAUGGAUUUGAAGCAGAAUUCACAUCAUGAUGGUGCUACUCAACCUGCUACAAAUAUAUCAUAAUGUGAGCUAAGAAUUCAGUAAAGGUUUGAGUGGUGUUCCUACUGUCAUAUACCUCAACACUAGUUUGGCAAUAGGAUAUUGAACUGAGAGUGAAAGCUUAGAGCAUCAUGUACCAUCAUUUUUUUUCCAAGUCUUUCUUUUUUAUAAUUAAAACGCAUACCUUUUUGUUCAGUACUUGAUUUCUUAGCAAGUAUAACUUGAACGUCAACCUUUUUGUUCUAAAAAUCAGGGAUAUUUCAGCUCAUGUUCUCCUUAUGCCAACAUGUCACCUGUGUUUAUGUAAAAUUGUAGGUUAAUAAACAUAUUCUUUGUCAGGGAUUUAAACCUUUUACUUUGAAUCCCUCCUAUUUUGCUUGUAUAUGUCCUCAUGUAACUAAAACUAAUUUUGUAUAUCUGUUGACCCCUUUUAUUGUAAAGAAAAGCAUUUUAAAAGUUUGGGGAGUAUUUUGAUUGUUUUGAGCAGGAAAAAAAUUACAUGAAAAUAGAAUGCACUGAGUUGAUAAAGGGAAACUUGUAAGGCAGGAGUUUGGCAAGUGGCUGCUGGCUAGAGUCUUUGAACUCUCUAAAUAAAGAUGUUUUAUCCUGUAAUCAGUAGAGGUACAGAUCCAUAAGGACGUCCCCAAACAGGCAAAACAUUUAGGGGUAUGGUGUGCAAUCGACUGUACAAUUACAUUUUGGUCUAAGUACACUUUUGCUUACUAAAAUUUCAAAUAAAUUCUUAAUCAAGGAAGCCUUUGAGAUUUAUUGGUCAAAUCUUUCUUUAUAACAUGGCUUUUGUCUUUUUAAAAACUUUCCUUUCUGGCUGUGAUCAAUUUACAAAUAUUUCAAAAACAUUUGUUUUGCCAAUGUCAAACCACAUGAUUUAAAAUAUUUUACAUAUCGCAUGUAUUUAAUGCCAUGUAUUUGGUUACUACAUGCAUAUUUGUUGGUUUUAGUCAUCCAUCCCUUUAUGAAUAUUUGGUUUCUAUAUCAUUCACUGUCACUUGUCAAACUGCUAGCCAGCAAGAGCAGGAAGUAUAGUUUGGGGGGUUCAGGAGAGGUUAGGUAGGGAGAAGAGAAAAUUGAAUGGCAUAUUGUAAAUAUCAGAUCUAUAAUUGUAAAUAUAAAACCUGCCUCAGAAUGAAUGGCAAGCAAAUCUCCAGUUUGCUUAUAUAGGAAUAUCAGGUUGACUAUAUAGCCAUACUUGAAAAAUGCUUCUGAGUGGUGUCAACUUUACUUGAAUGAAUUUUUCAUCUUGAUUGACGCACAGUGGUGUACAGUUCACUUCUCAAGCUAGUGGUCAACUUGUGUAGGAAACUUUUGCAGUUUGACACUAAGAUAAUGAGCUCUGUGUGCAUUUUUUCUAUGCUUUUUUAAAAACUUAGUUUCAUUUCAUUUUCAUGAAAUGUUUGGUUUGUCUAUAAAAUCUGAGGAUGGUUAUAAAUACUGUAAGUAUUGUAAUGUUAUGAAUGCAAGUUAUUUGAAAGCGUUUAUUAUUAUAUCAUUCCUGAUAACGCUAUUAGAGUGUUUUUAAUAAAAUUUAUAUUUAUUUAAUGCACUCUAA